AUGGCGUCAAAUAAAUUCUACGAGUUUCAGCCCCUCGACAGCAAACCCUACCCUCUAUCUACAUUGAAAGGCACCGUGGUCUUAGUCGUGAACACCGCCUCAAAAUGCAGUUUCACCCCGCAAUACCGAGAACUCGAGCAGCUAUACCAGCAAAUCGACUCGGAGUACCCCAACAAAUUCGUCAUCCUCGGAUUCCCUUGCAAUCAGUUCGGCAACCAGGAUCCCGGCACCAACGACGAGAUCCAGACUUUCUGUCAGGUGAACUACGGGGUUAGCUUUCCAGUGCUUAGAAAGGUCGAUGUGAAUGGUCCGGAUGCGGAACCCCUGUGGUCGUGGAUGAAGGAGAAGCAGCCGGGGAUUUUUGGCUUGACGCGCAUCAAAUGGAAUUUCGAGAAGUUCCUCAUUACUGCUGAUGGACAAGUUGCGGGGCGUUGGUGGAGUAUGGUGAACCCACAGUCUUUGCAUGAUACAAUCGUUCGGGAGAUAGAGGCUGGGAGGAAUUGA